CAGUGUAUUCAUUAAUUUUCAUUUUCAUGUAGUAAAGGCUCUAUGCCUUCAUAAAGGAUGUACUUUUCCUUUGUUUAAGGGUAUUUGGGCAGUGUAUUCCCUGUUGUAUUCUCAAAUAAACAAUACAUACAAGCACAGUACAGUAUUUUCUGAGGAAACACUCAUACUUAUUUUUUUAACCCCAUUCCCGAUAACCCGGCAUUUUCACAAACUCGCCCACCCUUCGGUCCACAUUAGGCCAUUUUCGAGGCUCUACUGUAUUUACACAUAAAAAAAUAUUUUAAUUACAAUUAAACAUUAUUAUAAUUUUCAAGGGUAUUAAAUAGUGAGCACCCUACAAAGGAGAACUGAUCAACUGUGUGAUCAGGGUCAGAGAUAAAAACAACCACACCCAGGAAUCCAAAUUAUUACUUUGUCUGCAUUUGUUCAGUGGAAGAGAGAAUGUCACAAUAGCCAGAUUUUUGCCAUUUGAUAGGAAGUUAUCUCGUGUUCAGUAUGAUGAUCUCAGAUUUCUGCCAACAAAAGGUUGCACACCAACUGGUCAAAAGCCAGGGCUUUAGAUACUCUCUUAGCCUCUUAAUCUGAUUUGGAGAGUAUGGCAAGUGCUAGCCAGAUAAAAAGUCAUGCUGUUCUUAUUACCUAUAUACUGGAAUUUUGUAAAGCUCAUUCCAAUUGUUUGUUAGAAAAAAGGCUUUUUUUUUUUUUUUUCGUUUUUAAUGAGGAACUAAAUAGUGGAUAAUUGUUCCUUCUUUGAGUCUUUUGUCUUUGAAAUGCUUAGAGAGGAUUCUAGUAGCCUCUAGUUCCAUAAUGUUGAUAUUAAGGGAAGGCCUGUUUUUGUCAUGUUCUUUGUAUUUUGGAAAAUUUGGCACUGAUGUCAUUGGACCAGUUGUGGAUAAGUUGGAAUGGAAAGGUAGAAGCAUUAAAUGCUAUCAGUGUAGUUCGGAUCAGGAUAGAAAUGGUGGUGACGAUGUAUGCGGUGCUUAUUCUACUUUUGAUCUUGAAAGAAAUCAGCCAGUAGAAUGUUUAGGUGAAGAUGCUGUUACAACUGGUGUAUUUUGCUUCAAAAGUAUACAACAAAGUCCACGUGGUUUUAUAAAGGACGGAAGAUGGCGCACAGUAGUUCGACGGUGCGCUUCCUCGUCUCCUCGAGGCGUGAACUGGGGAUGUGACUGGGGUUACAAAGAAAAUGGUGUGUACUGGGAAGAAUGCUAUUGUACGAAAGACGGCUGUAACGGCGCCGAAUCAAGAACUGUCUCUCUCGGCGUCGUCUUGACUCUCUUGAGUGCAUCCAUUUUGGCGGCACUGUUUUCUGUAUAGUAUUCGGAACGACAAACUCAGAUAAGUUAAAUUUAUACCGAAUGUGAA